AUGGCCUCUUUUCUCCGUAUCGCUUCCUCUGCCGCUAGGCCAAUCUUGAGAACCUCCACCCAGGUUCCGAGAGUUGUGGUCCCCACUGUUGCGUCAAAGGCAUCCGCUAUCAGAUUCUACAGCGAUUCCCACGAGGAGAGCUUCGAGGAGUUCACCGCUAGGUACGAGAAGGAAUUUGAAAAUGUCAACGAUGUCUUUGAACUCCAGCGCAACCUCAACAACGCCUUCGCCUACGAUCUCGUACCCUCCCCCUCCGUCAUCGUUGCCGCUCUCAAGGCCGCCAGACGUGUUAACGAUUUCCCCACCGCCGUGAGGAUCUUCGAGGGCAUCAAGGCCAAAGUUGAGAACAAGCAACAGUACCACCAGUACCUCGAUGAGCUCAAGGACCUCCGCGAGGAACUGGGCGUCUCCCUCGUCGAGGACCUCUACCCCGAGAACAAAUAG